GUAUUUCUUUCCAACUCACCCAGCACUGCCCAUUUUCUCUCUCUAGAAAAACUCCGGUCCACUGCCACCUCUCUAUUUCGUUCACUUGUUUUCAGUUCUUAUCUCUGUUAUCAACUUUCUCGCCAUCCAAACACUCAACACUAAAAGAAGUUUAUUACUUGUUUGCUUCUUGUAAAGCCUCCCCUAUCCGAUGACUAAGUUAAUGCAUUGAACACUAAGGUUGUUUUGGUUUGUAAUUUCGAAGCUGAAUCCAUUUUCCAAUGGAAAGUGACGACAACAAGAAGAGAGUCCGGGAAGAGUUUGAGGAUUUUGAGUCAGAGGCGGCUAAGUUAAAACUCGCUCGUCUCGAUUCGGCCAAUAACGGCUCAGACUCGCACGAGUUUACUCACAUAGAACCCGACGCCGAUGAUGGGAACAUUCAAUUGCGGGAGUCGAAGCUUAUCCAGGAGGAUUUGCUCAACUUCCUGGACGAUUCCGACCCGGUCAUUGGACCUGAACCAGUGAUUCAGGGACUUGACUCGGUGCUCAAGAGUUUCGAAGAAGAGAUACUAAUCCCGACUCAAGCUACGCAGCCGGUAAAAUCAUCGGAACCCGGUGAGUCGAAGCCGGAUCUAGGUUUUCUUUUCGAGGCAUCGGAUGAUGAACUGGGUUUGCCACCGAGUUUCUCGUUCGUUGAGGAAGGGCAGAAAUUUAGGAGCGUUGAUGUUGAAGAAAGUGUUGUGUCAGGAGGGGAUGGAAUUGGGGAAAUGAUGGGGUACGAGUUCCCGAUCCCGGGUUACGAAUCGUUCGAGUUCGGAAUCGGCGGUGACUCGGUUGGCAACAACAAUAAUGGUGAUUUUGUGGCGUUAGGAGGCUUGUACGAAACCGAUGGUGGAAAUUUCGGAGCUUACGUUAUGUCCUGAAUCUUUUCCGUAUGUACGGUGCCGUUUUGGAUCCAACCCCCAAAUAAAAACAGUGGAUAUUAAUUAAUUAUUUAGGUUUGUAAAUUUGUGUCAAGUGUGGAACUGGUUAAUUGAAGAAACAGAAAAUAAGAUGCAAAUAAAAUCGUGAAUACGCCUCUAAA